GGCCUGCGCAGGGAGGGAGGGCGGGCGCCGGCUGCCGCCGCCGAAGCUGUGGCGUUCGGUGUUCAUGUGGAUCGCAGGCCGAGCUCGAGCCCGAGGGAGAGAGCGAGCGACAGCCGAGGCCACAACCGCAACUACCACCGUCUCCCCCUCCUCCUCCUCCUCCUCCUCCUCCCUCCUUCACUCCAAUAGCAGCUGGGAAAGCUCGGCGGAUCCCGGAGCCUGGGGCUCGCCGGUGGAUGGGUGGCGCAUCGCGGCCGGAGCACGAGUGGCGAAGCUCACUGACUAGAUAAGACCAUGGCUCGUCUAACAAAACGGAGGCUGUCAGACUCGCAAGUUGUCCAGCGACUCUGGAACGCUAUUGAAGUCGUCAGAAAUCAGAAACAAAUUGCAAAUUUGGACAGGAUAACAAAGUUCAUGUCUCGCCUUCACAGUAUGCAUCCAAAGGACGCCAAUCGGCAGUUGGGACUUGCGGUAAAAGACGGACUGAUUGUUGAAACGUUGACUGUGGGCUGUAAGGGUUCAAAGGCAGGCAUCGAACAGGAAGGAUAUUGGCUACCUGGGGAUGAGAUUGACUGGAAUGCAGAAAACCAUGACUGGUAUUGUAUGGAGUGUCACAUGGCAGGAGAGGUCUUAACUUGUGAUUCCUGCUUCCGAGUGUAUCAUCCAAAAUGUCUACCUGAUGAAUUCCGGCCACAGGAUAGCAGUUCACAUUGGCAGUGCCAAGUGUGCAGGAGCAUGAAAAAGAAGAACACGACCAAGCAGGCUAUGGGCCGAUAUUUGGGUUACAUUGUUUCUCGCAUGAAGGAGAGGGCCUCAGAACUUGGUAAAAAGGGAAAAGAAAGUAAGCAUCCAAUGUUCAGAAGAUUGGUGCAUACACCUAUAGAUGUUGCCACCAUACAGGAGAAAUUAAAUGAAAACAAAUACAAAAGUUUUGAUGAGUUUAAAGCUGAUGCCCAGUUGCUUCUUCACAAUACCAUACUUUUCUAUGGAGCUGAUAGUGACCAGGCAGAAGUAGCCAGGGCUCUGUUCAAAGACACUUGCCAUGAGUUAGCAGAACUGCAACUCUGCAAGAACUGUUUCUACUUAUCAAAUGCACGACCAGAGAACUGGUUCUGUUAUCCUUGUGUUCCCAAUCAUGAGUUGGUGUGGGCACGGAUGAAGGGGUUUGGUUUUUGGCCUGCCAAAGUUAUGCAACGUCAAGACAAUCAGGUAGACGUGCGCUUCUUUGGACAUCAUCAUCAAAGGGCAUGGAUUCCAUCAGAGAAUAUCCAGGAUAUUUGUGUUAAUGUUCAUCAGCUGGCAGUAAAACGAAGUCUUGGUUGGAAGAAAGCCUGCGAUGAGCUUGAAUUGCACCAGCGCUUUGUCCGCGAAGGGAGGUUCUGGAAGAGUAAAGCGGAAGACAAAAUGGAUGAAGAAGCAGAGUCUAGCAUCUCUUCCACGAGUAAUGAACAGCAGAAGAGCACACAAGAACCCAAGAGCAAGAAGUCCAGACGGAGUCAGCAUUCAGACGCCAAAGAUGAAGAGCCAGAACCUGAAAUUGAGGCUGUUAGUUCCAGCCAGGAAAUACCUACAGUGCCACCCCAACCAGAGAAAGUUUCAAUCGCAACGCAAACAAAGAAGACAAGUGCCUCCUCACCAAGAAUGUUGCAUCGGAGCACCCAGACUAAUAAUGACAUCCCCUGUCAAAACAUGUGCCACGAAAAGUACACCAAAAUAUUUAAUGAUUUUAAAGAUCGUAUGAAAGCGGAGCACAAAAGGGAGACCGAGCGAGUUGUGAGAGAAGCACUAGAAAAGCUGCGUGGUGAAAUGGAGGAGGAGAAGCGUCAGGCAGUGAACAAAGCUGUUGUCAACAUGCAGGCCGAAAUGGACAGAAAAUGUAAGCAAGUGAAGGAAAAGUGUAAAGAGGAAUUCAUGGAAGAGAUCAAAAAAUUGGCUACACAGCAUAAGCAGUUCAUCUCCCAGACCAAAAAGAAGCAGUGGUGCUACAACUGUGAGGAAGAAGCCAUGUACCACUGCUGCUGGAACACCUCUUACUGCUCAAUCAAAUGUCAGCAGGAGCAUUGGCAUGCCGAGCACAAACGAACCUGUCGUCGGAAAAGAUGAAAGUUUUCCUUCCUCAAGAGCCAUACUAAGAAACAGUUCCCUUUUCACAGACAGUGCUGGUUUUAUUUCAGAACCAUGUUUCUGUGAAUCUUGCUUUCCAUUUGCACCAGCAUUUUAAUCUACAAGCUUAGUUUCCCCCACCCCACCCACUAUAAUCAGAGAGCCGAACCAAGAUGGCCUGUUUCAAUUGUAACCAGAUACCUUUUUGUGUGUGUUUUUAAAUUCUUUUACAUCAGUGGUCAUGUGAUCAGUACUUCGGGACAGGGUUGACAUAGCAGGUAAUAAACCUGCUUUAAAAAAAAUAACUGUUAAUAUUUCCCAACUCUGCUUUUUUAUAUUUUUCUUACGUAUGCUACUUUUAUUAAUAAAAAAAUGAAUGUUGAUCAUGUAUUAAAGCAGGGAAAUGGGAUUUCUAAUGAGCUGGACCUUAGAGAUGGAAUGAACAUUUAGUUCUGGUUUUGUAAUUUGCACAUUUCUUUUAUUUCCUAACCCAAAAGAGUCCACACGCAUGUAAAAUUGCCAAAUACUACCUUUAUGUACCAGUAGGUAUGAACAGAAAGAUUACAGUAAAUUUUGCUUUCUGCACCAGUGUUCACUGAAUAUCUGUGCGGCCGUCUGUCUUGCAGUUAAAUUGUAUAAAAUAAAAUGAAGCACUUAGUUUUCUCAGCAGCUAUUAGAUUUUUGGAUCGUAUUUAGCUAUUGCUGCCUGUUUGCUUACAGUCCUUGUCACCUUAGACAAUUACGUAACUGCAUGUCAGUCCAUUUAUAAAAGGCAUUGUGAUUGUGGUGGGUCUGUACCUUGCUGAGUGUCUGGUACAAAACAUAUACAAGUAAAUGUUUUGUGGUAUUGCA